AUGGGCUGCCCCCUCUUGUGGAACGCGUUUGCUUGUUUGAUCCUGGUUCUGCUGUCGAAAGGGUCCAGUUUGCACGGAGCGGAAUUCGGACACCUGCCGGACAACAUUACAGUGUUGGAAGGAGAAAGCGUCACUUUGAGAUGCCGGAUCGACGAGGAGGUGACCCACAAGGCCUGGCUGAAUCGCUCCAACAUCCUGUUCACGGGUACAGACAAGUGGUCGCUGGACAAGCGUGUGACGCUGGUCAACAGUAACAACAGUGACUUCUCUAUCCACAUUGACAAGGUGCAAGUAACCGAUGAGGGGCCCUACACCUGCACCUUCCAGGCCAAUAACAAGCCCCGCAUCGCCCAUGUCUACCUCAUCGUCCAAGUGCCGGCCAGAAUCGUCAACAUCUCAAAAAACGUGUCAGUGAACGAGGGAGACAAUGUAAACCUCUACUGUCUGGCAGUGGGUCGGCCUGAGCCCACUGUCACCUGGAAAGACCAGAAAUAUGGGUUGGUGAGUGAGGGGGAGUUUCUCGACAUCACAGAGAUCAAAAGGCAGCAGGCCGAGGACUACGAAUGCAUCACCAACAAUGGAGUGGCUCCGCCCGAUCAGCGCAAGGUCAAGGUCACGGUCAACUACCCUCCCAUGAUCACAGACAUGAAGAACAUGCCAGCCCACUUGGGUAAGACAGCCAUCUUGCGCUGUGAAGCCAUGGCGGUCCCACCGGCCUCCUUCGAGUGGUACAGAGAUGACCACAGGCCGGUGGAGAGUGACAACACCCUGAGGAUCAAAAACGAGAAGACGCGCUCACUGUUGCUGUUCACCAAUGUGACAGAGAAACACUUUGGCAACUACACCUGCUUUGCCUCAAACCGUCUGGGUGCUUCCAACGCAAGCAUGCUGCUGUUUCGACCGGGGGCCAUACAGGGGCGAGGGACCGGUUUACAUGCAGGGAUGAGUGUCGGCGUGUGUGUUUGGGUUUCUCUCUCUGCUCUUCUUCUGCUGAAGGUGUAA